UGUGUAGACACAGGAAUUACAGCAUCAAGAAGGGGUGGAGUGAGAUAUUGGGGGCAUAAAAGCAUCGGCAGCGGACCCCACAGCACUGCUCUGCCAGAGGCAGGACAAACCGAGGAUGAGAGCCCUGGGAGCGGUCAUUGCCCUCCUGCUCUGCGGGCAGCUUUGCGCAGCGGACACUGGCAGUGAGGCCACAGACCACGCAGAGGUCAGUGUCCCAAAGCCCCCCGAGAUUGAAAAUGGCUACGUGCAGCACUUGAUUCGCUACCAGUGUAAGCCCCUCUACAGACUGCGCACUGAAGGAGACGGAGUGUACGCCCUCAACAGUGAGAAGCAUUGGACAAACCCGGUCACUGGAGAGAAGCUGCCUGAGUGUGAAGCAGUAUGCGGGAAGCCCAAGAACCCGGUGGACCAGGUGCAGCGCAUCAUAGGCGGAUCCGUGGAUGCCAAAGGCAGCUUUCCCUGGCAGGCCAAGAUGGUCUCGCACCAUAAUCUAACCUCCGGGGCCACGCUGAUCAAUGAGCAAUGGCUGCUGACCACAGCUAAAAAUCUCUUCCUGGGCCAUACGGAUGAUGCGAAAGAAAAAGACAUCGCCCCUACUUUAACACUCUAUGUGGGGAAAAACCAGCUUGUGGAGGUUGAGAAGGUGGUUCUCCACCCUGACUACUCCAAGGUAGAUAUCGGGCUCAUCAAACUCAAGCAGAAGGUGCCCAUUGAUGACAGGGUAAUGCCCAUCUGUCUGCCUUCCAAAGAUUAUGCACAAGUCGGGCGUGUGGGCUAUGUGUCUGGCUGGGGGCGAAAUUCCAACUUUAAGUAUACCGACCUACUCAAGUACGUCAUGCUGCCUGUGGCCGAUCAAGACAACUGUGUCCAGCACUACGAAGGCAGCACAGUGCCCGAAAAGAAGUCAUCCAAAAGCCCCGUGGGGGUGCAGCCCAUACUGAAUGAGCACACCUUCUGCGCUGGCAUGUCCAAGUUUCAGGAAGACACGUGCUACGGGGACGCGGGCAGCGCCUUUGCUGUGCACGACCAGGAGGAGGACACCUGGUAUGCGGCAGGAAUCCUGAGCUUUGAUAAGAGCUGUACCGUGGCCGAGUACGGUGUGUACGUGAAGGUGCCCUCCAUUCUGGCCUGGAUUCAGGAAACCAUUGCUGGCAACUAACGCCGACUGUUGGCAGCCCUUGCCCAAGGACAAGAACUCACUCUGGAAGAGGGGAAAGUGGAUGGGAGUGGAGGGGAGAAAACACGGUGUGAAGCGGUGUGAAGUCAAUCAAUAAAGAGCUUUCUUUUGAGUCA